UCUGCACCAGUGAACAGUGUCGCACAUUUGAUCCCAAUAAUGAACAGCACAGGGGUGACGUAAAAAUGUGCGUUAGUUGGAGCACCUAAACUCAGAUUGUCAUUACCUAAUUAGUUUUCACAUUGUAAAGCUUAAACUACACUUCAUGCUCUUUUGGCUCACCUGUUAUCAGUAUCAGUAAAUAGGGUAUUAGUAAAUCUGGCGUUACCAUCAAUGCUAAGUGCUAACAAGUAAAUAUGAAGUCCAAGGAAGAUAAAAAUCAUAAUCUUACUUGACCUAACCUUACCUACUAACCUAACUAACCUACAACCUACAAACCUCAACCUACAUACAACCUCCAUACCUACAACCUACCCACCUACAACCUACCAACCUUAUAUGUGCCGACGGUGGCACCAGAUUUAUGGAUACCCUUAUUUGUUAGGUACUUCACUCCACUUCUCAUUUUAUUUGAAGCUCAUUUAAAUUCUUGUAUUUAAGUCUGUGUAAACUAUUAUUUUAAAAACCUGAUGCUUUUCCAUGACUGUAAUCUCACUGUUUGCUAUGUGUAUUUUGUAGUGUGUACUGUGUGCAAAUCCAGUAUCCUACACUUGUAUGCUACAGGCCUUGUUUUGAUCUGACUAACUGUUAAUAUGUUUCAGCUUUAAAGACUAGUAUCUUUUGAAAUUGAAAUUUGCCUCUCAGUCUCUCAAGAAUCAAGAUGCCAAAUAGAUGUGCAGGAUUUGAUUGCUGACAAACCAGGGAUGAGGCUCAAGAGUCAAGAGAUCACCCUGCAUUGGUGGCUGGAACAACCCCAGUGCCGCACAGUUCUGCGGGAUAUUCCGGCACCUGCUCCACCGCUGCGGCGUCCGGCCCGGCAGCACAGGGAAAGUGGCAGCCCUCGACCCGACCAGCAUCCUGGCAGUCGGUCACACGACCAGCGGACGGGGAGCCAGCCUUACUACCUCGGCCUCCACCACCUCAGACAACGGUGCCACGGCACUCCACCACCUCAGACAACGGUGCCACGGCACUCCACAUCAUCACGGAGCACGACUUCCAGCCUGGGCUGUCGUCUGGUGGGCAACAUCGUCACCUACAUCGCAGGGUUCGUGGUGAAGAAGGCGCUCGACUCUGUCAGCUGUAGCACCUGUCAGGAGGCCCUGGUGAGCGACAUCCAGCCGGACGACAUGACACAGCUUUACCACCUCUUCAUCAUCUCUGCCAGAUGAGCUAAGGUGGGGACGGGUUACAUGCCUGGGAUCUGACUGAGACCCGCUCAUACCCUGCCGAAGUGUUGGUGAUUUCAGCGGUCAGCUGUCUC